UAUCAUUGGUGGGGAUACGUAAAAGAUAUAUUCAAAAAUUUGUUUAUACAUCGGUAUAAAUAUCUUACACAUCUGGGUUAUUAUUGUGGACCAAAUUCUUUCUGAUGAUAAUGUAAUACUUUUGUAAUUAUCGUCUGUAAGAAUUUUUCAUCCUGACUUUUUUAAACUUGAUUCCUACUGUUUACUGCACCUAUUUAUGAUGUAAUUUAGACCUAUAAUAUGCGGUUACCUUUGUUAUUUCUUCUAUUAUUAUCGGCAAGAUCAAUUUCAUCUAAAUUGGCAAAUUCUAAAAAUGUGUCACUCACCACGGAACUUUUAACACACACUGGUGAUAAUACCAACCAUAAAUUUAAUAUAAACAGACAACACAACUGUGAUUCCACUGAUAUACACACAAAUUUAAACUAUUCACCAUCCAAUCGUGAGAAUCUUACUAACACUCCACUAAAUAAUGAUGGGAGUCUUACCUUAAUAAAUAAUGACACACAAACCACUGAUGAUAGUGGCAUAGAUAAUGAUAAACCAGGAAAUAAUGAACGAAUACAAAGCAUUGAGGGCUUAGGAGGAAAGGGAGAUUCACAGAGUUUAUUGAAGAAUGGUCCUUAUAAGAAGGCUUAUGAUGAAAUUACGCGUAAGGCCGCACUUAUGGUAUGCCCAUUUAAGCCCUCACCUUCAAUGUUAAGAGCACUAAAACACUCCUUCAGAGCAUUAAGGUUAUCUCUGGUUCCUUCAGUCAUGGGUAAAUCAGAUCUCUGCGUAUUGUUUAUGACCACAUUUUUUAGCACUGUAAUUGGGGGUAGUGUUUUUUACCUUGCCGUAUCAGAUGAUGCGUUUAAGAAACUAAGGGAUAAAUGGGCAUUCCAGGGUGAAAUUGGAAAGGGAAGCGUUGAACGAUACACUAAAUUCGGACUAAUUCUUUCAGGAGUUGAUCUUUUGUUUCGCAAUUUGCUACUGAGAGGAGCAUUUUUAAGCACACUUUACAAGUCAAAUUUUCUAACAAACACAAACUGGAUGACGAAUAAUCUUGCAAAGGUGGAUAGAGGUUUAAUGUAUAAACUUUUGAGUGGAUUCUCGAAGGGGUUUACAGUUACAAGAUUAGGUGUCAUGACUCUUUUACAAUAUGAACUCAUGAAAAGUAACUGGAACACCGGGUCAUUCAUGGUUGACCACGAAACCUCGAAAUUUUUAUCUAAAUUUGUGUUCUCCAUGUUUUUAUUUUCGUUGACUGAACAUCUGGCUUAUUUAUUCUUUUACGGCAAUUUUUCCAGGUUCCUUGACUUACAAUACCUUCUGGAACCCCUGGAAUACAGAGAAACCUAUAGAAAGUUACUAGUCUAUAACGAACACAAAGAUUUCUAUUUCAGUCUUCCAGACUGGCUAAAACGUCUUUAUAACAACAAUUCGAGGGUAUUAUUUAAUGUUUACGGCCUACUUAAGAGUUUGAAAUGGGUUUUACCAUACGAUGUCGAAUGGAUAUUCUUCUGUCUUUAUUUGUCAAUGGCUCUAUACGCUAACAGCGCCGCUGGAAUUUAUCUCUCUCUCUUUCAUUACGUAUUUUAUGGCUUUGAAGACUCUAUAAUUCGUCUUGAGAAGUCUUUCCUAGAGGGAGGGUUCAAAUUUGUCAAAUUAUUUGAAUAAUAUACUACACAUGUAUAA